AUCACCCAACUUGCCCCUUGGAAUGUCCCUCCGUCAGCCAUACAGAGAAGGCUCAAACUUUCUGUUGAGAUCAGUUUCGUCUAAAUUGGUUUACACAGUGAUUGCUGUCCUACCAUUUUAGAGAUUAUAAAAUACAAAUAAAAAUAAAGUCUUUCAUUUUAGUUUAAUUCGCUGUUUUCCAUUACGAUGCAGUUGACGGUGAAGACAUCAGCGCUGACAGGUUUUUUUAUUUUGGUGAUACUGGUCAUGAUUAAGUUGAAGAUUGGAACACUAGUAUCAAUCAGUUUAAUCGUACAAAGUGAUAUCGUUGAUGGUGACGGUUGUCGAAGUACCGACAAUUACUUAAACCGACGGUUUUACCUGCUGCAAAACAAUACGAGUAGUUACGGUGUCUAUGAAAAUGGCGGUGAGGAAACGGAUGCGAAAGAAAGCAGCAAUCAAAUAAGUCAUCCCGGUCGGACUCGACGUUUAGUUCAAGAGUACGAUAUGGAAGACUUUGUUUGGUGUUUGGAUUCUUUGUCUUUGAAGAGAAAAAGACGUCCAAUACAUAUUGCGUUUAUUGGUGAUUCAACAGUUCGUCAGCACUUCAUCAGCUUCCAGCGCUGGGUUCCCGACUACGAUAGAAAGAUAGGGAGCCAAUCGACAGUCUUUGCCCAAUACCCCUUCCAUGAGGACCGCAAUUUGACAAGCCAAGUGCUGGAUAACUUGAUUGUGUCUUUCUAUUGGCGUAACCUCAUCAAGGAAGACUUAAUUGCCGAUUUCAAGCGAUGGGCAUCGACUAGUGACCAUAAUCAUGCUCCUGAUUUCAUUCUACUGGGCAUAACAGCUCAUCACAUAGUUCCUAAUAAUGUGACCAAAGGUUUACAAGAAUAUGAGACACUUUUCGUCGAAAAUGUGUUGCCUUUUGUCAAUCGGAGUUUGACUCUUCAUCCUCAACAGAAGAUUGUUUGGCUGCUGCAGAACCCUACAAUGGAAUACGCUGGUCCCAGCGCUGAUCGCAAAGUUCGGGUUAUUAAUCCAGAGAAGAUUGUUCAAUACAAUUCCGUGAUUCGUCGUAUCUUCAAAGGUACAAGAGUUGUAAUAUGGGAUGCUGUUGGCGUCCUUGUAGAAGAAUAUCUACGCGCCUGCUUUCUGAGUAAAUUCCAUCGAAAAGACAAGUCGUGGUACGCCAAUUGCCAGGACUUUAUCCAUCCAGGAUACAGGGCUUUGUCUAUUAGCACCCAACAUAUUAUCAAUCACAUUUGUAACGAAUACUGAAGCAUCCUUUGAUGGAUGUAUUAUUAUUUAUAAUAUACAGUCACUUCACAGAGCGAAAUUUUGUCUGAAGACUUCUA